GGCCAUCUUGGGGUUGAGAGAAUGGAAACAGCCCUACGUCAAGGUUACUUUUGGCCCAGAAUGGGUCGGGAUCUGAGAGACUGGACAGCCGGUUGCUUCACAUGCACCUGUAACAAAGCUGGCCCAGAGGUAUGGCUGGGCAUUCCCAACUAAAGACCAGACAGCAGAGACCACGGCCAGAACCCUCUGGAGGGGCUUGAUUCAGACCUGGGGCUGUCCAGAGAAGAUCUUGUCUGACCGAGGGGCAGCCUUUGAAUCGCUCCCUGGAUGAACAAGACAAAGCUCGUUGGCCCGAUCACUUACCAGCUCUUCUCCUGGCAUACAACUCCACAGUCCACUCAAGCACAGCAGGCCAAAUCCCGUGUUCAAAGGCGGCAGGAACAAGAUAAACAGCGGUAUGAUCGCAGAAGCCGGGCAGUACCAUUGUUACCAGGUGAAAGAGUACUGCUGAGGAAUUUCCGCAGACGCUCCCAAGGAAAGCUGGCCCCUCAUUGGCAACCAACACCGUUUGUGGUCAUUGCCCAACUGCAACCGGGCCAUCCAGUCUAUAAGGUACGCCCAGAGGGAGGAUUGGGACCUGAAAAGACCAUACACCGUAACAACUUGCGCCCAUGCACCUGGGAACCAAGAAGAGACAACCGUGCAGAGGCCCCUACCGUCCAAGCUCCUGGUCCGAACCCUCUACAUCGGCUGAGCCAACCUUUGUUCUUACCUGUUCAUGUUCCCGUUACAGAGCCACCAGUAGAACAACCAGCUGCAGGACCGAGCACGGCCCACAUGCCAGAGCCCCCAGGUGCCAACCAACCAGCCCCAUCCACCUCCACAGCUACUCCCCAGACUGAAGAACCACAGAAUCCUGCUCGGCGCUCCCAGCGUGAGUCCAAAGGCAUUCCGCCAACAAGGUACCGGCAGUAA